AUGGCAUGGAUAAUAGUUCUUCGGCACAGGAUAAUGAGUUUUUUGGAUGAUGUUUCGAGCUCCAGUGAUUCCACCUAUUUCUUGGAAGGUGCUAGGACAUGGCUAGUAAGGUGUCUGCAACAACACAAGAUGUGUGUGUUCUUUUUUGGUCGAACUCGGAUAUUGUUCCUUCCACUACAAGGAAACUGCUGUGAAGAGGUUCCCGAAGAAGAACAUUAG